AUGACUAAACAUGUAGAAGACCUUAAAGAGGAAGCACAAAAAUCCCUCAAGGAAUUGCAGGAAAAUGCGGCUAAACAGAUUACGAAGAAGGGAGAGCAAUCACUUCGAAGGAGAAUUAGGAGACAAAUCAAGAAUGCUACUAAACUUCGAUUGAUGCGGAGCCAACUGGAGCGGAGCCAACUGGAGCUGAUCGAACUGGAACCGACCGUGGUUUUGGAGCCAAGCGAGACUACAUUGACAUUGGUCAUUCAUGAUCAAGUGAAUGAGAAUGCCAAUGAGCUCGAGCCUGAGGAAGUUCCAUCAUGCCGCGACAGUGACCGGGUUCCAAAUGGAGACUUGGCCAGCUCCUAGACCCCGAACGGGUCCAAAGACCCAUGAAACAUCAGUGAACGGGU